AUGGAUCAAGAAAAUGAUAUAGCUGCACUCCAAGAAGCAGUCAGACUCGAAGAUGAUCAGUAUCUGCAAAGUCUGCUCCAAAAAGAAAUCUCCUGUGCUCAACAACAUUUCAAGUGGGCUCACAAGGAAGCUAUGUCUUGGAUUGAGCCAAAAACCGAUCCUUGGUUGCUCCGGACAGAGGCUGCGGCGAGCCUGGUGUUGGCUGCAAAGAUGGAAGGGGAGGCGAGGAACCCACCUUUACUACAGGUCUUCAGUGAAGAGUACUACUCUUCCCUGCCCGAUGCGAUGAUCGAGGCAGAGCUUCUGGUACUGAAAAGGCUUCAAUGGAGGCUUCAAUUCGUCACUCCUCACACCUUCAUACCGUACUUGGUCCGUAAGUUCCUCAAGGACAAAAAUCAUCCGGCCUACGAUAGCAUUGUCUCCAGAGCCAAAGGCAACAUAUACGACCUAGUGAAAGAGAUCAAUCUGGCAGAGUUCCAUCCAUCGAGCAUAGCCGGUGCAGCAGUACUAGGCGCAUGGCGUGAUCAUACAGCACGAAGAUCGAUGGAAAACGAGCUAAUAAAUGGCUACGCUAAACGUCUACAUCUUGAUAUUGAGGACAUAGGAAAAUGCUACCGAGCACUGAAGGAGAUGCGGCGACAUGAAACAGCAGUUGGGCAAAAUUACUACCACAACUAG